CUCUUCCUCCUUCAGAGCCGAAAGUAGCUCAGAAACUUCCCGGGAGCGCGGAUAGGCGGGGAAGUGCCGGCGGGACGCGAUCCCCGCGCGGAGCCCGGCAGUGGCAGCGGGAGCGGCGGCGGCCGGGAGAGACUCCGGGGCGGGGCGGGCCGGGCCCUCGCGGCGUUCCUCGUGGGAAGGUGCGGCGGCGGGCAAGUGCUCGCUCGCAGGGACGCGGGCGGACGCGCGCAGCCGGGAGAUGCCGCUGCUUCACCGAAAGCCGUUCGUGAGGCAGAAGCCGCCGGGGGACCUGCGGCCGGACGAGGAAGUUUUCUACUGUAAAGUCACCAACGAGAUCUUCCGCCACUACGAUGACUUUUUUGAACGAACCAUUCUGUGCAACAGCCUUGUGUGGAGCUGUGCCGUGACGGGUAGACCUGGACUGACGUAUCAGGAAGCACUUGAAUCGGAAAGAAAAGCAAGACAGAACCUCCAGAGUUUUCCAGAACCACUAAUUAUUCCCGUUUUGUACCUGACCAACCUUACCCAUCGUUCACGCUUACAUGAAAUCUGUGAUGAUAUCUUUGCCUAUGUCAAGGACCGAUAUUUUGUUGAAGAGACUGUGGAAGUCAUUCGGAACAAUGGCACAAGGCUGCAGUGUAGAAUCUUGGAAGUCCUCCCUCCAUUACAUCAGAAUGGUUUUGCUAAUGGACACCUGAGCAGUGCUGAUGGAGAGACGAUUGUCAUCAGCGACAGUGACGACUCGGAAACACAAAGCAGCUCUUUUCACCACGGGAAGAAGAAAGAUACAAUCGAUCCCUUAUUAUUCAGAUACAGGGUUCAGCCCACUAAAAAGGAGAUGUAUGAGUCUGCUGUUGUUAAAGCAACACAAAUCAGCCGGAGAAAACACCUAUUUUCUCGGGAUAAACUAAAGCUUUUUCUCAAGCAACACUGUGAAGCACAAGAUGGAGUCAUUAAAAUUAAGGCAUCAUCGUUUUCAGCAUAUAACAUAGCAGAGCAAGACUUCUCUUAUUUCUUCCCUGAUGACCCACCUACUUUCAUCUUCAGUCCUGCUAACAGGCGACGAGGAAGACCUCCCAAACGAAUAUCUUUUGGUCAGGAAGACAGCAUUGCUAGUAAGCAGACUGCUGCAAGAUAUCGGAACAAAGCUAUUAAAGAAAGAGACAAACUUCUGAAACAGGAAGAAAUGAGGGCACUGGCUUCUGAAAAGGCUAAGCUAAAACGAGAAAAGGCAGAUGCUUUGGAAGCAAGAAAAAGAGAAAAGGAAGAUAAAGAGAAAAAGAGGGAAGAAUUGAAGAAAAUUGUAGAAGAAGAGCGACUAAAGAAAAAAGAAGAAAAAGAGAGACUUAAAAUAGAAAGAGAAAAGGAAAGAGAAAAAUUACGUGAAGAAAAGCGAAAAUAUAUGGAAUACUUAAAGCAGUGGAGUAAACCCAGAGAAGAUAUGGAAUGUGAUGAUCUUAAGGAACUUCCAGAGCCCACGCCAGUGAAAACUAGACUCCCUCCUGAAGUCUUCGGCGAUGCGCUGAUGGUUCUGGAGUUCCUUAAUGCGUUUGGGGAACUUUUUGAUCUUCAGGAUGAGUUUCCUGAGGGAGUAACCCUAGAAGUGUUAGAGGAAGCUCUGGUAGGAAAUGACAGUGAAGGCCCACUGUGUGAAUUGCUUUUUUUCUUCCUGACUGCAAUCUUCCAGGCGAUGGCUGAAGAAGAGGAGGAAGUAGCCAAAGAGCAGAUAACUGAUGCUGACACCAAAGAUCUAACAGAGGCUUUGGAUGAGGACGCAGACCCCACAAAAUCUGCACUGUCUGCAGUUGCAGCCUUGGCCGCUGCAUGGCCACAGUUACACCAGGGCUGCAGUUUGAAAAGCUUGGAUCUUGAUAGCUGCACCCUUUCUGAAAUCCUCAGACUGCACAUCUUAGCCUCAGGUGCUGAUGUGACAUCAGCAAAUGCAAAGUACAGGUACCAGAAACGAGGAGGAUUCGACGCUACGGACGAUGCCUGCAUGGAGCUUCGGCUGAGCAAUCCCAGUCUGGUGAAAAAAUUGUCCAGCACGUCUGUAUAUGAUUUGACACCAGGAGAAAAAAUGAAGAUACUCCAUGCUCUCUGUGGGAAGCUACUGACCCUAGUUUCUACUAGGGAUUUCAUUGAAGAUUAUGUUGAUGUGUUGCGACAGGCCAAGCAGGAGUUCCGAGAGCUCAAAGCAGAACAGCACCGUAAAGAGAGAGAAGCCACAGCUGCUCGAAUACGUAGAAGGAAGGAAGAAAAACUUAAGGAACAAGAACAGAAAAUGAAAGAGAAACAAGAAAAACUGAAGGAGGACGAGCAGAGAAAUUCAGCUGCAGUUCCAAGGGAAGAAGAAAGGGAAGAUUUUGAUACUAGUACUGAGAGCAAAAAAAUAGAGCAGAAAGACCUGGACCCUGAUGUGGUUACAGAAGAUGAAGAUGACCCCGGAUCGCAUAAAAGGAGCAGAAGAGGGAAAGUGGGACAAACUGCAGUUAAGCAAUGUAUAAAGCAAGAAGAGAUGAACUACUGUAUAAAGCAGGAGCCUCUGAGUGCCGACGCAGAGGAAGCUUUGAGGCAGGAGCAACAACAGAAAGAGAAAGAACUCCUGGACAAGAUUCAGAGCGCCAUCGCCUGUACUAACAUCUUCCCUCUGGGGCGUGACCGCCUGUACAGGCGCUACUGGAUCUUCCCUUCCAUCCCUGGUCUGUUCAUAGAAGAGGAUUACUCAGGUCUUACUGAAGACAUGUUGUUGCCUAGGCCUUCAGCAUUUCACAAUAACGCACAGCCUCACGAUCCUCAGGUAUCUAUUAAAACUGAAGAGUCCUUCUUGUCUGAAUCUACCUCCAGCCUCAACCAAGGUCCAUUCGAUGACUCUGUGCUGCUGCCAAAACCAGUGCAUAAGCCAAAUCGGUGGUGCUUUUACAGUUCUUGUGCACAGCUAGACCAGCUCAUUGAAGCUCUCAACUCCAGAGGACACAGAGAAAGUGCCUUAAAAGAGACCUUGCUACAGGAGAAGAGCAGAAUAUGCGCACAGCUUGCCCACUUCUCUGAAGAGAAAUUCCAUUUUUCAGACAAACCUCAGGCUGAUAGCAAGCCUGUGUCUUCUCGGGGACGAUCUUCUGGUGCAUGUGACAUAUCCCAGAUGUCUGCAGAGAGGCAGCUUGAGCUGAGGCUCAGAGACUUUCUCUUGGAUAUUGAGGACAGAAUCUAUCAAGGGACACUAGGAGCCAUCAAGGUUACAGACCGACAGGUCUGGAGAUCAGCCCUGGAGAAUGGGCGGUACGAGCUGUUAAGUGAGGAGAGCAAGGAAAAUGGAGUGGUUAAAACUGUGAAUGAGGACGUGGAAGAGAUGGAGAUGGACCAAGCAAGGGUCAUAGUGAGAGACAGACUUUUGGGAAUUAAAACAGAAACUCCAAGUACCAUCUCAACCAGUGCCAGUACACCACAGUCAGUGAGCAAUGUGGUUCAUUAUCUGGCCCUGGCCCUCUUUCAGAUAGAACAGGGCAUUGAGCGGCGUUUCCUCAAAGCUCCACUUGGUAACACAGAAAUUAAUAAAGAUCAAAAGGGAGCUAGAAAAAAAAAGAACAAGAAAAAGAGAGAGGACGAUCAAUCUAGUGUGAGAGAUGAUGGCAGUGACAGCGGACGUUCUUAUAAAACCGUCCUGGACCGUUGGAGGGAGUCUCUCCUUUCCUCUGCUAGUCUUUCCCAAGUGUUUCUGCAUUUAUCAACCUUGGAUCGCAGUGUGAUGUGGUCCAAGUCCAUACUGAACGCACGUUGCAAGAUCUGCCGGAAAAAGGGGGAUGCUGAAAACAUGGUGCUGUGUGACGGCUGCGACCGAGGGCAUCACACCUACUGCGUCCGACCAAAGCUCAAGGCUGUUCCUGAUGGAGACUGGUUUUGUCCAGAAUGUCGACCAAAGCAACGUUCUAGAAGACUUUCCUCUAGGCAGAGACCAUCCUUGGAAAGUGAUGAAGAAAUGGAAGAGGGUAUGGAAGAUGAUGAUGAUGAAGUUGAUGAUGAUGAUGAAGAGGGUCAAAGUGAGGAGGAAGAAUAUGAGGUGGAGCAAGAUGAGGAGGACUCUGACGACGAGGAAGCGCUCAGCCCACCAAAACGAGGAAGACCCCAAGUUAGAUUGCCAAUUAAAACAAAAGGGAAAUUUGGCCCUUCUUUCCCAAGUCGCAGCCAACGACAAGACCCUGGAAGAUACCCUUCAAGGAGCCAGCAGAGCACGCCCAAAACCACUGCUAAAUCUGCUAGCAAAAACCUGAGGAAAACCAGAUCUGCUCCUCCCACAGAAACUCGAUCCCUAAGAGUUGGUAGUCGCUCCACUCGCCACAGUCCUAGUGCACUGCAAGAUGUGUUUGUGGAACUGCUUAGUCCUCAUGGCAAACGCAGAGGCCGGAAGGGUGCUGAUCAUACCCCAGAACACAGUCCCAGCUUCACUAACUUCAGGGUCAGCACCCCGGGAUCAAGCAGACAGUUGAUACCUUUAAAUACUGCUGAAAGUCUUUCUCUCCAGGACAGUGAAUCUAAGAGAAGAGGCAGGAAAAGACAAUCUACAGAGUCAUCUCCUGUACCACUGAAUCGAAGAAGUUCUGGCAGGCAAGGAGGUGUCCAUGAACUGUCUGCCUUUGAACAACUUGUCGUGGAACUGGUACGGCACGAUGAUAGCUGGCCCUUUUUGAAACUGGUUUCUAAAAUCCAGGUCCCAGACUACUAUGACAUCAUUAAGAAGCCCAUUGCCUUAAAUAUAAUUCGAGAAAAAGUAAAUAAAUGUGAAUAUAAAUUAGCAUCUGAGUUUAUUGAUGAUAUUGAGUUAAUGUUUUCAAACUGCUUUGAAUACAACCCUCGGAACACAAGUGAAGCAAAAGCUGGAACUCGGCUUCAAGCAUUUUUUCAUAUUCAAGCUCAAAAGCUUGGACUCCACGUCUCACCCAGUACUGUGGACCAGGUUAGCACGCCACUAGCUGCAAAGAAGUCACGGAUCUAAUUUUGUCCUUCUAAAGGCUAUACGUGAAGAAAAACAUAAAUCGUUCAUGAAAAUGGAACAUUAAAUCAUGCUCUAAAGCAGAUACGUGUAUAAAGCAAUAACAGCUGGUUGACCACAUCCAAGUGUGGCCUGCACUAUAUUCUCAAUUUACUAUUAAGCACUCAGGAGAAUGUAGGAAAGAUUUCCUUUGCUACAGUUUUUGUUCAGUAUCUACUAAGUUUUAUAGCUGUAUUGGGUACAGUCCUGGUUUACAGAGGCUUUUGUGCAUUUUGAGAUCAUUCAUGUGUUCAGGUAUCCUGGAAAAUAAUUUUUCAACUAUGAUUUAUUUUGUCAUUGAGCUUUAGGAGUUUCGGUCAUAAGGAGGCUUUGUCUCCACAGUAGCUCUUGUAGACCACAGCUUAGAGAAUGUGUCUUAAGGCUGUUUCAUGAGCACAUGGUUUCAACACUACACAUGAAUGAAUCCAAGUCUCUAGCUCUGACGUGCCGUAGCCAGUGCCGACUGAAUUUAUUAACUAGAUAUUUAUUUAGCAUUCAAAGUCAUUUGUGAAUUUGUUUUGUAUUUAUAAAAUUUAUACUUGGAAGAAUGUUCUUUAAUUUUUUAAACAUUUUACUAUGUUUCUGUUUUAUUUCUUGACCAGUCUUAAUGAUUUAAAAAUAAAAAUGCCACUCUAACAGUUCUGUUUUACAAACGAUAAGUUUCUGUGUACAACUUUUCUAAGUGUGCAAAUAAAAUGAUACAUUUUUUUCAAGUUUUCUGAAUUCUGAAGUUUUUGCAAAUUAAAAUCAGACUUUUGUCUGUUUAUACAUACAGAUCAUAAAAGCCAUACAGUGUUUCAUUGUCUGGGUAGAAGAUGCCUCCAGUUGGUGGCAGUGAUAUUCUUGCACAGAUUCACACUAGAAGGAGAGAAGCGUGUUGAAUCCUGAGAUUGCAGACAUGUAUCACUGUGCCUGAUUCCAAAUACAUCCUUGAUUUCAAUGGUCUUUGUGGUGCAGGCCUGUAAUCUUAGCAUUCAAUAAGCCUAAAGCAAGAGGAUCACAAGUUCACGGCCAGCCUGCCUGGGCUACACAGUGAGAAGCUGCCGAUGGUAGUUUGAAUGUAAAUGUUGCCCAUGGGCUCUGUCUUGGAACACUAGGUCCAAGUGGCUUCUUGGAGAGGCUUAAGAAAUGUGACCUCAGCUGGGCGAUGGUGGUGCGCACCUUUAAUCCCAGCAUCCCAGAGGCAGAGGCAGGCAGAUCUCUGAGUUCAAGGCAAGUGUCGUCUACAGAGUCAAUUCUGGACAUUGAGGGAUACACAGAGAAAUCCUUUCUCAAAAAAAAAAAAAAAAA